GUUUUGAUCUUCAAUGCAUGGUCUGAGGUCUCUAAGUUGGACAAGGACCAGUGACCACUGGCAGUGAUAAAUGAUUCACUAAGUGUCUCAAGAUAAAUGGCACAAAGGAUGCCUCCCGCGUGCGUUUUCCCCACGUAGUGACGUCGAUAUAAUGCUUCCCAUGAGUCCUUGAUCUCGCCAGUCACAGCCAUCGUUUCAUUCCAACCAUUGUUCAACUCUAUUCGUGAAAGACUUCACGGCGCAAAUUGAUCCAGGUCUUCGACUUUUCGCCCAAUCCUGAUCCAAAUCUCUACCAGAUUCGAUGGCUGAUCAAGUGACCGCUUUCAGUGAACCCGGCGUUGUCGAAAAGGCGCAACAGGAGCUUGACCAACAUAUUCGCCACCAUUUCGCACAAAUAUCCGCUUUGCAAACCCGACGCAAUGCUCUGGCCCCCAUCAGCAGACUGCCUCCCGAGGUCUUGUCUCGUGUAUUUCUGUGCCUAGUACUCUCGGACUCCUACUCCGUGAGAUGGACCAGGGAGAUCUCGCACGUAUGUCGGCAGUGGCGCGCCGUAGCCUUGGAGUUUCCGUGGGUAUGGAGCUAUCCGUCCUUCCGCCACUUGGACUGGGCUGAAGAGAUGCUCGAGAGAUCGAAAUCGGCUCUACUCACUAUCAAGGUUCUUUCCAUUGAACUAGCUGCUUAUUUGCUGUUUAUCUUUACCUCAGUUCCACGAAGUGUACACUCCGCCAAGAAUGAUCGACUUGUUGACCCGAGCUCUGAGUCAAGUUUCCGACUGGGAGAACUUGAUUUUGAUGUCAAAGAUCGCCUGGCUCAACUAGGUCUGCUCGUCAAUAUGACUGACCCAGCUCCUUUCUUGCACACGCUUCAUCUCGAGGCAACAGGGCAUUACGGCGGGCCGCUAAGCCUACCUGCCACAUUUCUUGGUGGAGAUACGCCUCGAUUGCGCCGAGUGGAUCUGACGGGUUUCGCGAUAGCAUGGGACUCGCCCUUGCUGCGAAAUCUGACGCGUCUUCGUGUUGUCCAUUUCGCAAGACAAGAGUCUACCCUCUCGAUGACGAUGAAAGAGUUGCUUGAUGCGCUAGAUCACAUGCCGCUUUUGGAGUCACUUGAACUCAAGAAUAUACUUCCGCCAAUCGCUGUGCAGGCUCGCCCUCGGGUUUUACUCGCCCAUCUUGAAAGUCUCGAGCUGGCGGACAAUGUCGAGGAAUGCUGCGGCAUUCUCAGUCAAAUGACAUAUCCGUCGUCAGCGAAAGUGCACGUCGCAUGCUUUGGAGAAAAGGCUUCCUCAUGCCAUCCUAUUUUUUCUGCCUGCAAUAUCGCUGGGAGAUCGCCACGGUCCCUUGAGAUUGGUAUGACGCACUCCCGGGUCAUCGUUCGUCUUUGGAUGCGCACUGUCGAUUUCCAGGGCACCGCCUUCCGAGACUCGGCUCUGGAAAUAUCCGCGUCCUGGCGCUUGCCAUCGAAUGACGGAAACGAGAGCACUUUUCUACUCAUCUGCCAGACACUUCCUUUGAACAAUCUACGCGCUCUCUCUUUUCUCAGUGACUCUCACGGCAUCUCCACGGCGGCCUGGAUUGCAAGCACUGUGCCUAAUUUGCCCAAGCUACGAGCCAUCAAAGUGGUGGGGAGUCCGGUUGGAUUUCUCAAGAGUCUAGGAGAAGAUGUAGUUGUUUCGGGUGUCAAACAGACACCGGCCAUCGCAGCAGUCGUUCGCAAAUCUGUUGAACGGCGCGUGAGUCGGCGCAAUCAAGCCGGCGCUGCAGCUGUCACUGGCGGACUGUUCUUCCCUGCACUCCGGCAUCUGUGUUUGUGCGGAAUGAACUUUGAGGAAGCGACGCUCGAACAGUUCGGGGAAGCGAUCAUGGAGCGUUGCCACUGGAACCAGGAGUUGUUCUCGUUGACGUUGCAGAGAUGCGAACACCUGACCGAGGAGGAUGUGCGAGGCCUCAAGGAAAUUGUCUCUUCUGUCGAGUGGGAUGGAUUGGAAAUUGGAUUUACCGAUUCUGAAGAAGAAGAAGAAGAAGAAUACAACGCAGAUUACGAUUAUGGUGACUAUCACCAUUACAUGUUUGACAACUACUAUGAUGACUAUGACUCCGACUUCGAUUACAUGUAAAACAACUGUUUGGUAUCCAGAGUCAAGCCCGUGGGACGAACGAAAACGAUAUUCAUCGAUAUGCAUAUGCAAGACGACAGGCUCCGAAUGGCAGACUGAAU